AUGACGAAAAUCUUGUUUCCUUGUCGAAUUUGUGGUAAAAAAGCACAUGGAACACAUUUCGGAGUGUUCAGCUGUAGGGCCUGUGCUGCGUUUUUCAGGAGAACGGUCAAUGGGCUUCAAAGAAAUGUUUGGCAAAGGGUGGAAGUGGAAAUGAAUGUUUAUGCAAGCCUUGCCGACUUAAAAAAUGUUUUGAAACAGGGAUGGAUCCCUCAAGUUUCCAAUACAACCGUGACUCAAUUUGGGGGGUUGCACAAUCUCCUGUCCCACCAAGUUUUUCAUAUUUUGUUGGACGACCAGAAUUUUUGAUUUUAUGUGAUCCGAUCAGAUGCUCACCAAAAACUUUGAUUAACGUUGAUAAUCUGGUUUUUGAAAUUUCAACGCGUUUGAAUGAAGGUUGUGCAACACCAAUAUACGCAGAAACGCAGUUGAAAAAGCUGUCACUUGGCUUCAAACUAAUACAGUAUGAUGCUAGAAACGUCACGUUUUAUGGAACACUCGGACAGUCCGAAUUUUUGGAUAUUGUUGAAUUUUACGUUGCGAUAAUUGCAAAAUGGAUCACACAUCUCGACGAGUUUCAGAAGCUGCAUCCUUCUUUGCAGAUUAAACUUGUCCAAACAAUUUGGCAUGUUUGGAGCAAAGCGCACAAAUGCUACAGUACGGCGUUUUACCGAAAAUCGAAUCCAGGAGCUAUUGCGACUCAAAAAAUAAUUCGAAAUAUAUGUUUGGAUAGAGAAAAAACUAAAAUGGAUACAUGUUGGAUGAGUGACUAUUCUUCGCAAUAUGUUAAAAAAUUUAUGUUUUCUCUCCACGCGAAGGACUUUGAUAUUGUAGAGGCAAUAAGUGAACUGAACCCAACAGAUGUUGAAUUAACGUUCAUGUUUGCACAAGCUCGCUUCGAAUAUGCUGGAAAACGAUUUCAAGGGGAGAUUCUCAAAAUCACUGAUCACUUUCAACAAAUCCUAUCAAACGAUCUACACCACUAUUAUAUCACGGAACAGAGAAGGGAACGGUAUAUUCAGCGAUUGACUGAUUUAUUGAAAGUGAACAAAUUAAUACAGAAAUCCAUUUGGGAAACUCGACCGCAUCGAGAGCUUGGGCGUGUGUUCAAUGUUUUAAAAAUCGAAUUCUCACAUCCUGAAAUGUUUGAAGAUUCUGGAUUCUGCUGA